CUAAGGCAGGCAGGCGCCGCGCCGCCACUUCUCGCCGGGCGCCUCGGCUUCUCUGCGCUGCGCUCCGCGGGGGCUGCUUCUGGUGUCGCGGCUCGCCAUGCCGAGGCGGCUCUCCCGGGCCCGGCCAGGGCUGCCGCUGCCUCCGCCGCCCGCCGGCCUGCUGCUGCUCGCCUGCCUGCUGCUGCCGCUGCCGCCCGGGGCGCGCAGCCUCGGCCUCUACUCGCCCAGCGACCCGAUGGCGCUGCUGGGGGCGGACUCGCUGGAGCGCAGCGUCUUCAACUCCUCCAGCGCCUGGGUGGUCGAGUUCUACGCCUCUUGGUGCGGCCACUGCAUGCAGUUCGCCCCCACCUGGAAGGAGCUGGCCCGCGACGUCAAGGAUUGGAGACCUGCUGUGAUGCUGGGUGCGAUUGAUUGCGCCGAGAUGACCAAUCAGAAAAUAUGUUCAGAGUUUAAAAUUACUGGCUACCCAACUUUGAAGUUUUUCAAGCCGUUCUCCAGGAAACCUGAUGAUGGCAUAAGGCUAUUGCAUCACGGGGAUGGCAUUCAAAGUCUGAGGGAGAGCAUAAUUGCCAAUAUAGAAAGAAGUGAAGAUGCGUGGCCUCCGGCCUGUCCACCACUGGAGGCAUUCAGUGCGCCAGAACUUCGUGGCUUUUUCCAGGCAAACAGCGUGGCGUACUUGGCCCUGAUAUUCGAGAAGGAAGACUCCUUUUUGGGCAGAGAGGUGACAUUGGACAUGGUCCAGUUUGACAACAUUGCAGUGAGGAGAGUCCUGAAUAGCAAUGAAGAACUAGUGAAGAUAUUUAAUGUCACCACCUUCCCUUCUGCCUUUCUGGUUUUCAGCAAUGGCUCUUGCAGUCACAUCCCCGUGGAGGGUGAUUCAAGACCAUUUUACAGAAACUUCCUGCGGAGGCUACCUGGAGUCUACCGAGGGGGCUCCUUCAGACCCACGGUGAAGCCGACUGUAGAACCAAAGACGACUCCUGCCCUCUGGAAGGUGGCGGACAGGAAAAAAUUGUACAUGGCUGACCUGGAGUCUGCGAUACUGUACACCCUAAGAAUGGAGGCAGCACGAUUCCUCUUCCUCGACAAAGAGCGGCUUUCUGCACUGAAGCAAUACGUGGCCGUCCUGGUCAAGUAUUUCCCUGGACGUCUCGUGGUCAUGAACUACCUUCGCAACCUGGACCGCUGGCUGGGACCAAGGACAAAUGUUUCACAGAGUGAAUGGGAGGAAGCGCUAAGGAAUAAAAAAGAGGAACCUUAUGCCAGGCUGCCAGAGACCCCAACCUGGGUGGGUUGUCAAGGAAGCAAACCUGAGUUCCGAGGUUAUCCAUGCUCGCUUUGGACUCUCUUCCACCUCCUAACAGUGCAGGAAGCCUUGCUAAGCCCCAGGUUUAUCCCACAGUCACAAGUCCUUCCAACAAUGAGAGGAUACAUCCAUUACUUCUUUGGCUGUCGGGAGUGUGCAGAUCACUUUGAAGGCAUGGCUGCAGAAUCCAUGGACCGAGUGAGGAACAAAGAUGGUGCGAUUCUCUGGCUCUGGUCAAGGCAUAACCGAGUCAAUGCUCGUUUGGCAGGCACCAACAGUGAUGACCCCAAAUUUCGCAAGAUCCAGUGGCCUCCCCGAGACCUGUGUUGGUCCUGCCAGUUAACCAUCAACGGGAGACGCAUGUGGGACGAGAGGGAGAUCUUGAGGUUCUUCAAGUCUCACUUCUCACGGAGUAACAUCUACCUGGACUUCCUGAACCGUGAGAGAGGGCCUCCAGGGAGACGUGGCCGAGAUGUUGAAGAACGUGGCCUCGCGGCUGAGGGAAACCUGGAGGAAGGAGAAGGGGAGAAAGGCAGAGCAGCUGAAGAGGAGUUUGAGGAAGAGGCCAAAAGGACCGCGAAACCAGAGAGAUCAAGGGCAGAGAAAAAGAGGUCUGGCUCAGACCGGCUAGGUUCUCCAGAGCUGCACAAGCCAAGCAUUAUCAAGAUGGUCAAGAGCACGAAGGCAAAAGAGCCAGAGGAUGAUAUUGUCGAUCUGGAUUCCUUCAGCGAGCAGCAUUACAAGAGCAAGGCCUUGAAAGCAGCGGCCCAGGCUAGUGACAGACACAGGCGGAGCAGGAGGGACACGGGGCUUGUGCUGAUGGAGGACGAGAGCCACCAGUCUUUUGAUUACGACGCGGUCUGGGAACGCCUCAAACGCAAGGGCCUGAGAGCCCAGGAGAUCAUGAGUGCCCUGGAGGAGGAAGUGGACAAAGAUGCCGGGCUCACCCUGAGGAGAAGCCAGUGGCUCCGUUUAUUGGGCAUCGGCUUUUCCCGGUUGGAUGUCAGCUUGUGUAUUGUUUUGUACAUUCUCUCCUCCAUGUGUCUGCUGGGCAUGUAUACUUUCUUCCGCAUGCGCAUGAGGUACCGCAAGGGCCGCCCGGGCUUCCCGCUGGCCUGAAAGAGAAGCAGGGAAGUUGCAACCGACAUGGUGGGCCAUGGGAGAGGGGCGGCCGCCUAGUGUGGUAACUUCUCGCCCACAAUUUGUACUCUGGUUACAUAAAUGAAGUCUGACAAUACGCGUGCACCAUGGUUGCAUUCAGUGCUUCUUACUUUAAAAUACACAGAUCUGUCAAACAGGAUUUGGGUUCCCUCUUCUGUUUGCAGUCAAUAAACAAGACUUGCACCCUUCACAGUUGCACAACGUCUAUUUUGCAUUUGUGCGUAUGCUCCAGAGUGCAAAUUGUAGAGUGAGAAGUCAAAUUUAUUGUCAAAAGGAAGAGGGUUUCUCUUCUAGCCCCUUUUGAUUUUUUUAGCAGAGGAAGAUUCUUACGUGUGGGGUGGGGUGGGGGGUCUCCUUUGGGAUAAUUAGCCAGAAUCAUUCUGAUCUCACAAGGCAUAUGUAGCAUUAUCCUUCUUCAGAGAAUCAAAGUGCUUUGGUAGAUGUUUCACUGUGGCCAGUUUGGGACCAACAGUGAUUGUGGCUGCUUUGAAAUACUAAUUGGACAGAGAGAGUAAUUUUUAAAAGCUGUUUCCAGAUUAGAGACUAUUAAGUGUGGGACUUCAUGGGCGCAAGCCUGAAUUUUUAUGGCAUGUUGUAGUAUCUCUGAGCCCUUUUCUAGCCUGAAGAAUUCCAGUUUAAGCAAUCCUGAAUUUAGAAACAGAAGCACAGUCUAAACUGAUCAUUUGGGGAGAUCCCUUGAGAGAGAUUUUUUUUAAAAAAAAAAUGAAACUGGAUUCAAAAGCUUCUGAGCCAUUGUGAAACUGUAUUCAAUAAAGCCCGCAUGUGUGGAGUGCUGGGCUUGUAGCUGAUCUCUCUUUCAACCAAAAAACCCAGAACUUUCUCCCCCCGCCUCCGCUCUAAUUUUGGUAAGAAGCAUAAGAUGCCUGUAACACAGGUGCCACAAAUGCACAAAUAGUACAACUUUGUGGAAUCCCUCUAGGGAUGGCUGUAGCAUUGUGCCAGGUUUCCAAUCCUCACCUGCCUCUCUCAUGCUGUCCCCUUUCCUGUGUUUUCACUUCUGCUGCUAUCCUAAGCUGUUUUCUCCCUCCCCUGACCAUCCCUACGCUAGCCAGAUGCUCCGUCCCUUGACCCACAGGCUACCUCUGUCUUCAUAAUGCUAUUCCUGUUGCCAUCCUUCAGUAUCUUAGAAUCCCAGUGUCAGUAGGACAGAAAAGAGGGAAGCCUGGGCAAAGGUGACUGGGCAGGGCAUGUCCUCAUUUGAUGAUAAUUCUUGGAACAGAGGAGACUUGGCCAUCUGGACCUAAGGCACAGGUUGGUUACCCUUGAGAACUGUAACUCUCUGUGUGUAUGGAAGUACCAGGAGCAGUGGUUGGGAUUUUGGAAGGAUUCUGAUCAGACAGAACACAUACUGCCUUAGACUGAAUCAGAUCAUCCUCAGUCCAUCAAGGUCCACACUGUUUUCUUGGAGCAGGUCUCCAUGGUCUCUGGUAAAGGCCUUCCACAUCACCUAUUACCUGACCUGGAGAUGCGGAGGAUUGAACUUUGGACCUUCUGCAUGCCAAGCAGAUGCUCUACCACUGAGUCCCAGCCACAUCCCUAACAACUAGGUAGGAGAGGACUCCUAAGAUCCUGCUCGCAUACAGUCCUUUGAGUGGAGAGGAUAAAAUAGUGAGGUCUCAAGAUGGAAUGGAUCAGAACCAACCAAAUGAAUUAUCAGUAAUAAUGGUACCUCAAGUACUAAGUCUGGCUCUCUUUGUUAUAAAGGUGAGGUGGGGUUAGCACAGAAUAGGAAGUGGCAGCCAGCACGGUGAAGAAGUUGGUCUACAAUCUGAUACACCCCAAGUUCAGCUCCUCAAAAGGUUUGCUGUGUGACUUAAGGACAGUUACUGCCUCUCAACAUGAGCUAUCUCACAGGACUGGUGUGAGGUUGAAGUAGGGAAGGAAGAAUCAUAUAUACAACUUUCAAGAAGACAUAAAAUGUUCUAAACCGACAGAAAUGCAGGGAUGAUAUUAGAGCCACUGAUAUUAGAGCCUUUGUCCUUACAGUAAUCCAGCUUUUAAAUAAAACAUGGCAGAUACUCGUUUAGGACAAGGAAAUAUCCAGUAUCAUUAAGAGAUUGGUCCAAGUCGGUGAUCACAAAAGGUGAAAGAUGGGGCAAUGUUUACUACAGGCAGAUCUUGCAGAAUUUGCAUUCCUCAGAGUAACGCCAUUUCCCCAGAUUUUCUUCUCCCUUGCUCUUAACAUAAUACUGAUAACUUUUACCUACCUAUCCACCUCCCUUUGCAAGUUAACAUGCUCAUUUUUACAGAAGUGCCUUAUAUUCCAUUCUCCCUCCAAUAAACAGAUGGUUUGAGAACCGGUAGAGCGCAGCAGCUUUUGGGUUCAAUCUCUCCUUGAAAAACUCACUAGCUGACUUUAAAUAAGCCACAGGAUCUCAACUUCAGGUUCCAGAACAAGGGAAUGAUAAAUACUGGCCUGGCCUUACAAAUCAUAAGGAUUACUGAGGUAAUACAUGUGAAAUGCUUUAAACGCUUUGAAAUCCAUUUAUAAUAGUAACAGUGAUAUUAAGACUUGUGUCUUUCUUUUCCCUGUUACACAUCUAGACACAUGUUAAGUGCCGAGAGUGCUCCUAUUGUUGUUACCACCACAGGCCUGUAGCAUUGCGCUCGCCUCUAUUAUCCCGCUCACCCCAGCACAGUUCCAGUCCUAGCUAUAGAGGUGAUAUUCUACCUUAUUAUACUUGGUAAUGGCUUCUGAAUCCGAAGAGGUGGUGGGGGGAUAGGGCAAGAAUUACACUAAUAAAACAUCUGACGGGGACAAGACAUCACUAUUUUUCUCCCCCUUCCUGUUUUUGCUCAAUGGAAGUUUCUAAUCAUUUGCAGCAUUAUAUAGGGUAAGGAUGGCCAACUUCUGUGUACUUUUGGGCCUGCUUUCAUCAUACCAAACAGCUGCGGUGUGUGUGUGUGUGGCUGUCAGGGCAUCUGCACUCAAAUGAGAAGGGGGUAAAAGCGGGCUUGGGGUUUAAUAUGCUUCCUAACAGAGCUCCCCUUUGAGAGGCAGCCUGGCUGUUCCAUGUGCUCCUUUGUUUUUCCAGGACAUGCCAUGGAUAAUAAGUUUUGAGGAAAAUCAAAGACUGGGCAGUGGAGAUCUGGAUAAAGUGGGCCAUCCAUUAUUUAGACUGUAAGCUCUGCCGGGCAGGGACUUUUCUAUUUAUAUAUGCCCUCUGCACACAGUAUGUUGGCAUUCUGUUCAUGUGGAGGGGAGAGCCCACCAAUUAUGCAAAGCAGGCAAAGUGUGGAUUUUCCAGGUGGGUACAUCUUCCAUUCAUGCAUGCCAGAUCUAGAAAAUUCACGUGUUUCCCUCUCCACACUGUGUGGUCAGAGAAGAUCAAGCGUAUUGUGCACCUGAUAGGUGUGUCUGGUGGGCUCCAACUUCACAUAAACAGAGUAUCAUCUGCAGAGGGUACUCCUGUCUCAGUUUCUGGCAUUCUGGUAUCGCUCCAUAACAAUUAGCAAGAAGCAAUGAGUACAAAUAGGCCUGGUUGCAUGUUAUAUGAAGUAUGUUUUGAAAUGCAGCUAUGUUAUACCCCAAUUAUUUUCUUUCUGUCUCUUUAGUCAGUUUUAAACUCUUGUUACAAUUUUUAAGAAGACCAAGAUUACCUUCAAAAAAGGUUUGUGUGAGGCUUUACAAAGACCUAUAUCAGGCGUGGUGUCUAUCUGCCUCUCGCUGUCCCAAGACCCUCUGAUAAAAACUUGAUUUCCAAGUGUCUGGUCACCCUUGUUUUUGUAUAUCUGUCGCAGUGGCUGUUGGGCCUUCGGUGCUAACUCGCUGGCAGCAAGUGUGUUUAAGCCGGCUUGGAAAACUCUCAGCCCUUCUGUGGUGUCACUAGGCAGGGAGAAGCAGGGCAUGAUUGGAAAGUGCCUUUGAGCCGGAUUCCCUUAAGUAGUUAAGGGGGGGACUGCCAGCUUCUGUAUUCAUGGGGGGCCACUCGGGUCUCCAGGCAGUGGUCGGAGGGCCAGAAGUGUAUUUUGCCAUACUAACUGACCUCUGAGCAGAUUCUCAUGCUCUACAAUGCACUCCACAUCAUCAAACAGUAAUUAAGGGUGCCACAGACGAGCUAGGAAAGGUGUGCAGAGGCAUGGAUGGAGCAUUGAAUUGCAUCCAAAAUCCAAAGAGCUAUAAUAUUACACUGCUCUUUCUUGUAUUGUUUGCAGAUAAAAAAUAUUCUUAUGAAUGAAAUGGGGGGGGGGGGGUUCCAACCAGACAGGUCUAAAAAUCUGGUAAUGGCAACUGGGAAUCCCUAUAAUACAGUUUUCAGCACCCUAGACAGAACCUGAUUCAAGAUGUGGGUCCAUUUUUCUCCUGCUAUGCUUGCCUGAGGUGCACCCCUUCCUUCAUUGGUGUUAUGUGGAAAAGAGGAAUUUGCUGAUGUGUGUGUUGGGGGGGGCAGGUGAAGUCUGCCAGUAACCUGACACAUUUGUGAGGUAUAGGGAAGCUAAAACCAAAUCCUAGGUGUAUUUGGACCCUAAUUGGAAUUAGAAGUGAAUGGGGAGGUGUUGGGUGUACAGAAUAUGAACUAAAGAGACCUGCUAAUGUAUUUCCCUCCCCGCAAAGCCCCUAUGAGCAUGUUUACAAUUUUCAGAAUCCAUUUUGACAGCAGUCGGCCUCAGAAAGAGACUGUGGGAAGAGAUUGUCUGAUACUGUCCUAAAGAAUCAUACUAACAAGUGCGCUUUCUACUAUUUAUGUACCAUCUUCUUCCACCCACCCAGGACUCUUAAGGUGUUGUUUUGUAACGGAGCCAUGAAGAAACUAUUUUUAAAGGAGGCUUCUUUGAUUUCCUUUUAGCUCCGACUCGCCUAGCAUGCUGUCUCUUUCCUCCCAUGUUCCUCCACCACAGCUGUUGUGCAGGAAUGAACCUGAUUUUUCUCCUGUGUCUCUCGGUGUUAGCGGAAUAAAUUUAUUUUUGUUAAUAAAUA